GUGAGGAGCGCACGUAGUGUGUGCAGGCUUCGAUCGAUGGGUGGAUAAAUAGGGAGCAAGUAGCAUCCGAAGCGCUAUCUGCAUCCCCUUCAAUCUUGAAACCUCUCAAAAGGAAUCCCUUUCAACCUCCCUCAGACGGUCGAAGAAAUCAAAGUAGAAAAGAUGGCGUCGCAACUUGCAAAGAACAAGGAAACCGUUCGUGUCCUCUUGGAGGCUUGCAACGAGAAACCCUUUGAAGGCUCCAAGAUGGCUCGCUACGUCGAUGAAGACGUGGUCUCGACCCGUCCGACUGGUAUCACGCGCGGCAAAGACAAGUGGAUCAGCGGAUUCUCCUUUGUGCUCAAUGAGAAGAUGCCAAACUUUCACUACGAUAUUGUUAAUAUGGUCGCCGAGGGCCAUCAGGUUUGGGUUUUCGGCAAGAUCAGGGGCUCCUAUGCCGUCGGCAAUGAUGACGCGGAAGUGCGCGAGAGCAUCGAUCUGUUCGAGCUUGGAGAAGACGGAAAAGUCAAGGCACAUCGAGAUGUGCAGCAAAAUGCUCCACUCAAGGUACCCGAGCUCUGA